CCCGCUCGCUCGGCGCUGCCGGGGCCGCUGCGGAGCCUCCGCGAGGGAGUUGGGGGAGUCGCUGCUGCUGCCGCUGCUGCCUGGGGGAGCUCGGGGUGCCCCGGGCGCUCAGCGGGAAGCCGAGGCCAGGCAUGGGCCUAAUCUUCGCCAAGCUGUGGAGCCUCUUCGGUAGCCAAGAGCAUAAAGUAAUCAUAGUGGGACUUGAUAAUGCUGGAAAGACUACUAUUCUUUACCAGUUCUUAAUGAAUGAAGUGGUUCAUACUUCUCCAACCAUAGGAAGCAAUGUAGAAGAAAUAGUGGUGAAAAACACUCAUUUCUUAAUGUGGGAUAUUGGAGGACAAGAAUCAUUACGGUCAUCGUGGAAUACCUACUAUUCAAACACAGAGUUCAUCAUUCUGGUUGUUGACAGCAUUGAUAGAGAGCGACUUUCUAUUACAAAAGAAGAACUUUAUAGAAUGCUGGCUCAUGAGGAUUUACGGAAGGCUGCGGUUCUCAUCUUUGCAAACAAGCAGGACAUGAAAGGCUGCAUGACGGCUGCCGAGAUAUCGGCGUACCUCACCCUCAGCUCCAUAAAGGAUCACCCGUGGCACAUUCAGUCCUGCUGUGCUUUGACAGGAGAGGGAUUAUGCCAAGGCUUGGAGUGGAUGACUUCCCGUAUUGGAGUGAGAUAGCUUUUUUGCUUUUUUUUUGCCUUUUUUUUUUUUUUUUGGGUAUUCCUCCAAAAGAAGAGACUUCUAUUUAUCCUGUGAACAUGUACAUUUUUCUGUACUUCUGGCUGCUAAGGCAGUGACCAAUGUUUAAUUUAUAUCAGCCAACCUCUAAGCUGUACUUGAAUCAAGCGCAGUUGAACUGAAACACAAAAGUAUUUUCUUAACUUUUUUUAAUACACUAAUCUUCAACUGGAUGAACAUAUGUGAAUCUGUUUUUAAGCAUUGAAAUUCCUCUGAAUGUGAAUUCUAACAUUUUCAAUGAUAGCUUUUUAAAAUCUCUUUUGUCAUUGUCAAUAUUUCAUAUUUCCUCUUUCUAAAUAGUUGUAUAACUUACUAACAUAAAUGAGCACAUUUUAUUUAAUAAUUGAAAGUAGUGUUUAGGUUAACUUUACUCUGCCAUAGCUUUAACCUCAAAGGAUAACCAUAUCUCCAGCUGGACUUCCCGGAAUAUUAGUAGAGUUCUAGUCAGCACAAGAAUUAAUAGUUAUGAAUGCAAAUUUUUAAGUGCUUAAUGAACUAGUUAUAGUUAAAAUGGUGGUGGCUUUCAAUCUGAUAUACAGUGGAACUUCUGCCUUAAAAAAAAUCUCUUUCAGUCUCAGUUUUUCUGGUAUGUUGUUCUAGGACACUCUUAUAUUCUUCUACUUGAAGGUACAUCUGUGUACAGUGCAUAAAAAUAUUAUUACUAUGUGCUGGUGUAGUCAUUUAGAACUUGAAUACCUUUUCAAAGAUAAAUGGGUAAUUAAAUUUGGAAUCACAGCAGCCAGUGUUAUGUGUAGACUUUCUAUAGUCUGUUAAAAUUUUAAAUUCUGGAUACAUGUUCCUUCCUCACCUUUUAGUGGGGGUGCUGUUUUCUAAAUGAAUACAAAAUCAAAAGGGAAGCCAGAUCUAUAAACAAAAAAAAACCAUGGUGCUGUAUCUGUAGACUUCAGAGUGAAGCUAAUCUCGACAUUUAUUUAUCUACUAUCAUACAUGUUUUCAGAUUCUGUUACAGAGAACUUAUUUUGCCUUAAUUUUUGUUUUUGGUCUUAUUUGCACAAGCAGAGAACUUUUGACAGUGUUUGAGUUAGGUUACUUCACCUGAAAUUUGAAAAACAGGUGGUGAAAGAGUGGACCCAGUAACUGUUAAUUCAAUUUGAAGAGAAUUAAGUUAAAUCUAAAGAUAAUCUAAAGAUAUGGAGUUAAUUGAGAACAUUAAGCAUCAAAUAAACCUAACCACCUGUCCCCCCAAAAACUCCACAUGAGGAUUUAAAAAAAAAAAAAAGACAAAUCAAAACUGAUAGUGGACACCCAGUUCCUAGCAAAGUCCCAGCAGCAGUCAGGUACCCAGCCUAUCUAAAUGCUUGGAGGUUUUCCAGAAGCACCAUUCUGCACUUCUGCAUGCCUAAAAGCCACAUGGAGUUUGGUUACCUGAACUGUUUUGCAAACUGACUGUAGGCCUUUGAUGACAAAAUGUUUUUGUUUAAUCUUGUUUUGAAAAUUUAAGCACACUGAGUUUUCUUUAAUAAAAUUUUAAGCUUUGUAAAUUUCAA